AUGAAAUCUGUUUACAAAUUAGUGUCUACGGUCAAUCAGUUUUACAGAGAGAUAAAUCCCUCAACCCUUUCCGGCGCUAUUGAUGUCGUCGUCGUUCAACAACCUAAUGGAGAUCUUGCCUGCUCCCCAUUUCACGUCCGUUUCGGAAAACUUUCUGUCCUGAGGCCGCUAGAAAAAAAGGUUGAAGUGACAGUGAAUAAACAAGCUGUUGACGUUCCAAUGAAGAUUGGUGAAGCAGGUGAAGCAUUUUUUGUCUUUGAAACUGAAAAUGUAGUGCCCGAAGAACUUCAGACUUCGCCGCUUGCUGGACCAAGCGAUCCUUUACCGAAUGUUGAGGAACCAGAUUUUCUUGAUUUGGGAGCUUCAGCCGGUCGAACCUCGUCAAUUCUAAAUGAUGAUGAUUUUGGUAUGGAGGAUGGAUAUGAAGGGGAUAUUGAACAAAAGGUUUUUGAAAAAAGCCUGAAAAAUUCUGGAAGCAUCUCGGACUCUAUAAAUCUCACCGAUCCAACAUCAGAUGACGUCGCCGGAGGAACCGAAGUUCAAAAUGCAAUCAAUGAAGAAUGCCUUACCGUGAAUGAUCGGGAUGACAAAGGUGUGAAUGUGGAAACUCUGGUUCAACAUAAACACCAAGAAUCAACUUUAGAAUUUCAUUCAACUCUUUCGACAUUAUCUUGUUUUGCAUCUGAAGUUACCAGUGAUAACAAAUUUUUAACAGGGCAAAAUUCUGAAGGACCCUUUUCUGACACCGAACUGGAUGAGACACGUAAACCUGAAAAGCCUACGGAGCGACGGACGCACAGGGCUAGCCCCUUAAGUGACACAGAACUAGAGUAUGAACCUAAGAAACCUUCAAAAGAAGGGGGCGAAUGGUCAUGGGGAUGGGGAGCAUUGCCAGUAAGGACAUCCAAGAAAAUAGAGCAUUGGCAAGAAGGUACUGACGAGUUGGAAUGGCAAAAUCAAGAGAAUCAUUCGGAUGAUUUAUCUGGUAUCGAAAUUGGUG